UACACUGCCAUGCUAGCAAAUUUCUGUAAGAAAUGUAGUUAAGCAAACAAAGUUGGCAGUAUUGUUAAUUUAUUUUUCACUGUAAGGCACACAGACAAGCAUGGAUUUCUCUGAAGUUGUAGCUGGUACUUCAACAACAGGCUCUCUUCACACCACACAUUUUGUGACCUCCACACCAGUGAAGCGCCAACAUUUGUCUGCUAUACCAGAAGAACAUAUCACACCUAUAAAGAGACCUUGUUUGGAUGAGACCACAGACGCUGACGACACUUUAGAAGGCAGUAGUUCAAUGAACAUCCCAAGCCCACAAGAUAAAACAUAUGACCCUCUGGCAUCAAUAAGUGCUUUGACGGACAUCACUGAACACACAAAGGACACAUCAGUUCCAGCAUACAGUAUGAAUACCUAUAUAGUAUAUGAGAAAUGCCUUUUGGAACUGUUUGAGAAAUGCCCUGUGUGUCAACGAGCAACAAGGGUGCAGACCAGAAGAAUUGGCACUUUUCUGACUGUCGAGCAGCGAUGUCUCCACUGUGAUUAUCUUAGAAAAUGGAAUAGUCAGCCAUUACAUGGAGGUACUCCAGUGGGGAAUCUUCAACUUUCUGUUGCUGUUUAUUCAAACGGUGGAUCAUUCUUCAAAUUGGAAAAAAUUUUCCAGGCAAUGAAACUUCAAAUGUUCCACCACUUCACAUUCCGACGGCAUGCAAGACUGUAUAUUGAGCCAGCUAUUGUACAUGCGUGGAAGUCAGCACAGGAUGGCAUGAUGGAGGAGCUAAAUCAACAACCUGCCAUACUUGGUGGUGACAUGAGGGCUGACUCUCCAGGUCACUCUGCGAAGUAUGGCAGUUAUACCAUGAUGGAUCUGAGGAGCCAGAGGAUAGUGGAUUUGCAACUCGUUCAGAGCAAUGAAGUUGGUGGAAGUUACUACAUGGAGCUUGAGGGUCUGAAACGCAGUCUAGGUGUCUUAAAUGAACACAAUAUAUCUUUGGACUGUGUUGUUACUGACCGCCAUCCUCAAGUCCAGAAGUACCUGAGACAAGUGGCCAAGAUCACCCACUACUACGAUGUGUGGCAUAUCCAAAAAGGGUUAUCCAAAAAGAUGACAAAGAUUGCACAAAACAAAGACUGCGCUGAACUGAGCAGGUGGCUUCGCAGCCUGAAGAAUCACAUUUACUGGACUGCUGCUUCAUCUUCAACUCCACAGGAAAGAGUGGCUAAGUGGACCUCCAUCUUAAACCAUGUGCAGAACAUUCACUCGCAUGAUGAUCCAGUUUUCCCUCGGUGUUUACAUCCACAACGCACGUCGAGAGAUAAAAGCAAAUGGUUAAAACCAGCAACACCAGCAUUCUGCAGACUGGAGAACCUGUGGACCACAAAGAGGAUUCUGAAGGAUGUAGAAAAGCUAAGCCCUCACUUGCAGACAUCAGCCAUAGAAGCCUUCCACAGUGUGAUUUUGCAGUUUGCACCAAAACACUCACACUACCCUUUCCUGGGAAUGCUGUGCAGGCUUUUUCUGGCAGCGCUGCACUUCAACGAAAAUGGCCAGCGUCUGACUGCUACUACCUCGUCUGGCCAGCAUAUGUUCAGGCUGUGUUUUCCAAAGUUCAAGAAGGGAGAAGCAACAGCAAGGCCAAUCAAAACAGCUCCAACAUUUAAAUACGUGGAUGACAUCAUGCAGCUGGUCUUUGAACAAGUUUUCCCUGACCCAACUCCAUUUGUCGAUGAGGUAGCAAAGAUUAACAUCCCACCAACCCUCUCAUCUGAGUACACCAGACCAGAGAAGACAACAGUUGUCUCGGCCUAUGUUUCCCGCUUCAACCCAGCACCGGUUUGAAGCCAACAUAACGCCCCUCAUCAUCUGGAAACUCCUGCCGUAUCCUGAGCACAACACAAGACGGCAGGACGACACGAACAUUGCGGCCCAGAUAUCCCCAGCACCAGGAAACAAAGCAUCUGUAUGAACAGUACCUGUAACGACUGUAACAGAAAGAGAAGACAUUAACAAAUGUCCAUUAACACUACUAUAGUGUUUUUUUUUUUUUUUUGCUUUGGAUUUACGUAUUUGCUGUGAGAUUUUUUUAAAUAAUAUUUGUAUAUGAAGAACCAAUAAAAACUUUUUUCUUACUGUACAAUUCCUCUUAGACGUAAGGGUCCAAACUGGGCCUUGUAAACAUUUAUUGCAUUCUGCAGUGAAUACACAUUGAGGCAGACAGGCUCUAACCCUGGAUGAUCCACCAUGCAUGUCAUUGUGCUUGAUACUUCAUCCAUUCUGGCUUUAACCUAAUAAGUUAUAUUUUAUUUAGAAUGAAAGUAAAAUAGAUUUAGGUUUUAUUGUAAAACACACUGACCUUAGGAAUUUCUUUACAGCAUAGAUUUUCUAUCUCAGUGGGCAUUGUAGAGCAGUUCCCACAUGUACACCUAAAACCACAUUAAAUAAAAGUCUAAUGAAGGAAUGGUUAGAGAAGUGCUACAGAAAGCGCCCAAGAGGAUUUUCUUCACAGUGGUUUCAGUGCGCAGGAGGACGAUGAAUAAACGAAUAAAUAGUAAUUAAGUGCUAGUGAUAUACCAUUGGUUUACAUGCAUUUGUAGCCGUGGUUGGUCAGAAUCAUUCUCUUCAUUGUCUUGUUGCUCAGGGUCGGACUCUGGCUCAAACAUGUACGGCUGGAUAGACAAAUCUCCCGACAUGUCAAAAAAAUGCUGUCACAAAGGUUCAGAUAUGCUAAAUAGCGUUUUCUCUAAAAAAAACUACUAAAAUGUACGACUGGAGUCACCCCCUCCGCUCCUGCUCAGAAGAAGGGGCGGAGUUUCAGUGCUUCUUCCAGAUUUAAAGAGACAGUACCUAGAACGGCUCAUGCUGACCGUGUGCUCAGAAUAGGGGUAAAGGAGGGGUCUUUAGAUCAACAUUAAUGAGGAAAUCUGACCAAAGAAAGGCUGUUUCACUAUUUUUAGACACCAACUGAAUGAUUUAGCUGCAAAAAAGGAAUAAUUUAAAUGCAUGUUAUGU